AUGGCCGACUCCUACUUCACUGGCAGAUCAGCAUCACCUCUGACUGAGAACGGAGCAUCGUUGCUGUCUCCACCGACGCCAACCACUGGGCCUCCAGGCAGAUCCAACGCACUGCACAACAGAAUCACAAGCGUGCUUUCAGCAUCGUAUGCUGACCUGGAGAUCCGAGAUGCUCUUGACAUGCUUGAUGAGCGAGGCACUCAGAACACUGCAGAAGCUAGACGCAAUCUUCGUCUCGAUGUACAAGAAGAGCUCAUCCAAUGCAAUGGCGAGAUCGUGCAUGACUUUGGCAAGGUUGCGGAACAGCUCAAGCGUAUCGGCAGUGCCAUUGCAAACCUCAACACCAGCUGUGUGGAGAUGAGGAAGCACAUCAAUGCUGCGAAUCGAGAGACUGGACCAAUGCUGGAUGAGGCGAAGACGAUUUUGGCAGAUAAGCACCAAGUUGAGACCAAGCAGCAACUUUUAGAUGCUUUCAAGAAGCACUUUGUAGUGUCAGAUGCCGACUUGGCUAUCCUCACCUCGACCGCUGAACCUGUCAACGACGACUUCUUCCGGGUCCUUACCAGAGUCAAGAAGAUCCACGAAGACUGCCAGGUUCUGCUAGGGUCAGAGAACCAGCGUCUUGGUCUUGAGAUCCUCGAGCAGAGCUCUCGCCACCUCAACGCUGCUUUCCAGAAGCUGUACAGAUGGGUCCAACGAGAGUUCAAGACCCUUGAUCUGGAGAAUCCUCAGAUCAGUGCCGCCAUCAGACGAGCAUUGAGAGUUCUUGCCGAACGGCCUACACUGUUCCAGAACUGCUUGGACUUCUUCGCCGAGGCUAGACAACAUAUCCUGUCGAACAACUUCUACUCGGCUUUGACUGGCGCGCCAGUGGACAGAGAGCAUCCGGUCAUGGGCAAAGCGAUCGAGCUGUCAGCGCACGAUCCGCUGCGAUACAUUAGUGACAUGCUUGCUUGGGCACAUUCAGCGACAGUCUCUGAGCGUGAAGCACUGGAAGUGUUGUUCAUUUCGGAAGGCGAUGAAAUUGCCAAGAGCAUCAAAGCUGGGAUCGAAAGUGAGCCUUGGUCGCGUGACGAGGCAGGCGACGCCACGCCGUUUGAUGGCCGCAAGGCACUGAACGAACUCGUUGACAGAGACUUGACAGGCGUAUUCAGGCAGCUCAGGCAAAGGACAGAGCAAGUCGUACAAAGCCACGAGGACGCGACGCUAGCCUACAAGAUUUCGAAUCUGGUCACUUUCUACACGAGCAUCUUCGCGAACCUACUCGGCGAGGGCUCAUCACUGCUCGACACCUUACGACCACUCGCCGACACUGCGAUGCGAUCUUUCAGUUCAAUCAUGAGAGACCAUGUCGCUAGCCUCCACACAGAUCUAGCCAUCAGCACUGACGACCUGUCCCCACCUGACUUCCUCACGGAUGCUCUGCACACCCUGAAAGUGCUCAUGAAGAGCUACGAUACCUCCAUCACGACCAACAACCGCGAGGAGCGCAUCGAGGGCUUCCAACCGAUCCUCCAAGUGGCUCUCAAUCCUUUCCUAUCGGGUUGUGAGAACAUCACCAAGCGCCUGCGCAGCCCAAACAACCACAUCUUCGCACUAAACUGCCUCUUCGCCACCAAAGAAGUGCUAAGCACAUACUUCUUCGCCGACCAAUCCUCCGCCCUCCAACCACGAAUCGACGCCCACGAAGCGGAGCUCGUCGAAGCCAUGCACGUUUGGUUCCUUCACGAAUCAGGCCUCAAACCACUGGUCGACAACAUCACCCGUCCUGAGGACCUCAACACAGCUUGCAAGGAUCCCAGCCAGCUGAUCUCGAUCGCACAGUCGCUGGACGCUUUCUUGCCUACUGCUACGGAAGAUGCAAGAGGGUUCCUAUCGCAGCUUGAGAAUAAGACCUUGGCGAGACGGGUCAUUGAGCAUGCGGCGGAGCGCUUCUGUGAGGAUUUUGAGGAGACGGAGGCGAUGGUCGUCCAGGCUGAUGACAUUCGGGCACGACAGGUUAAUGGUGGUGAUUCGGAGGAGGAGAUGUGGUUGAGGGAUUUGUUUCCGAGGACUGUGGGUGAUAUUAAGGUGUUGCUCAGCUAA